CUUAACAUUACUGAGGCAGCAUAAUUGUUAGAUAUUUAGAAAACUUGUUUAUAAACAUUUAUUGGCAUAAAUUACAUCUAUUUUCAGGUGGAGCAAAGUGUGAUUGUAAAAACCUAGUCUGUUUGUUUAUAACGUAAGUUGUCAUGUUUUUCAAGGUGUUCGAAAGCAGCACCGAUGCAGGAUUUUUCUCAGCCCUGAGGAACAGACUGAGAACAUUAGAGGCAAGUCCAUGGGGCGCGGAUAACAAUGACGUCAUUGAUACGCUUAGCACUGCUGUGAUGUUUACAUGGAAGGACUUUCAACCCCCCGGUUCAAUUCCUGGGGAAGAGUUGUUGACGUACCAGGCCAUAGUAUUUACUAACGGAGCAAGAACAGGCGUACUGAUGUUCUAUGAGCAAGGUAGUUUCAGCUGGGAUCCCCAAUCCAAGGCGGUUCCAGUUAGGAUUGGUUACAACUCUAGGUAUGCAUGGGUGAACCGGUUUCAAGAAUCCGAUCUUAACGAAAGCUACAAACCAGACCAGUCUAUUGGAUCACAGUCGGGGACUCAGGUAUAUACAGUAAAUUAUAUGAUAUUGAAUGGCCUUCAGUCGGUCCAGGGUAUAUACAAUAUACUGAUCAAGCAUAAUACAUUCCAGCUCGGUAUGAUGGUCUAA